GCAUAGCAGGGACCUUAUAAUUUGCAAACCCAGUGUUAUAUUGAUUGCUUCAUAUACACACCUCUCUCUCUCUCUCUCUCUCUAUCUCUCUCUAUAUAUUUCUCUCUUUCUCCCUAAAGAAAAGGAAUAUACCUGUAGUUAUAUCUCUACCAAAAUGGUUAAGCAAAAGAUGGUUCUCAAGGUCUCAAUGGAGGAUCCCAAGAAACGCUCAAAGGCACUUCAAAUUGCUACUCGAUUUAUUGGUGUUAUAUCCGCAUCGUUGGAAGGCGAUAAGAUCGUGGUGGUCGGCGACGGGAUCGAUGCGAUCGCUCUAACGACAGCGCUGAGGAAGCGAAUGUUCUACGCAGAAUUGAUCAACGUCGCGCCUGUGGAGGCUAAGAAAGAGGAGAAGAAGGAGGAGAAGAAAGAGGAGAAGAAACCAACACCACCCCUCCCAUAUCAUAAUUUUGCAGUGGUUCAACCAUACCCAUACCCAUACCCAUAUGUUGAUCAAGAGUCUAGUUAUGACCCUUGCCGUAUUAUGUAGAAGAAGAUUAUUAUGAGUUAGUAAGGGAACCAACCCAAAAAUGUGUUCUCCUUUUGUUUGGUGGUUUUGGGCUUUUAAGAUACUUACUAGGCUAGGGAGCAAUUUUGAAAAUUUUCAAUCAAAUUUCCAUCUAUUGUGAUACUAUGUAUUUGGUUUUGAAAGGUAUAAAAAUGUGAGUUUGUGGUUAUUAUUGA